GUGAUAAUUUUUCUAAAAAUUAGGUUUGAGUCUAAACAUGUCUCAUAUUUUUUUGUGUAGCUGUAAGCCCCGCGGUCAAACCUGUCCAUAAAAUGUCCAGUUGAAGAAUGUGCUCUCAAGCAUUCCUCUAUUUAUCAUCUGAAGUCUAAUGAAGCUCCCAAAAUGCAGCUAGAGGUCCCCCUUGUGGCUAAAAGGCAUGAAAAGGGUCAAUUAUUAGGUAAGCCUUAGGUAAGCCUUGAACAUAAGUUUCUAGUCAAGUCAACAUAAAAGAUCCUUCCCACUAGUUCAAUUCCUCACUCAGCAGGAUGGCAGAAACUCUGCGCAGCCCGUGUCAUACCCCGAUGAAGAAUACACAAGCUACUGGGGAGCGGGGCAAGUGGGGCAGCAAAAAGGAGUUUAUCUUGUCUGUUGCUGGGGCUAUUAUUGGACUUGGCAAUGUGUGGAGAUUUCCAUAUCUUUGCUACAAGAAUGGCGGGGGUGCAUUCUUUAUUCCUUACACGCUUUUCCUCGUGACAUGUGGAAUUCCUCUGUUCGUUCUGGAGGCAGCACUGGGACAAUACACCAGUCAGGGAGGCAUUAUGUGCUGGAGGAAAGUCUGCCCUCUGUUUGAAGGAAUGGGGUACGCCAGCCAAAUGAUCAUUUUCUUUGGAAAUAUCAGCUACGUUGUGAUUUUAGCUUGGGCCUUCCUCUACUUCUUCUAUUCCUUCUCGGGAGAGUUACCAUGGGCUACUUGUAAUAACAAGUGGAAUACAGAUCAUUGUGUGGAAAUCAACAACCAGAAUGCAUCUGUCAACUGGACCUCACUUGUGAAUUCGUCAUCAUCUGUUAUAGAGUUCUGGCAGCGGCGUGUGUUAAAAAUCUCAGCAGGUGUGGAUGACUUUGGAAGCAUACAGUGGGACCUUUCUUUGUGCCUGCUCCUGUCCUGGGUCAUCUGCUACUUUUGUGUCUGGAAAGGAGUCAGGUCCACUGGAAAGGCCACCUACUUCACAGCCACAUUCCCCUUCCUCUUAUUAAUAGUGCUUUUCAUCAGAGGAAUGACCCUUCCUGGAGCUUUCCAUGGCAUCAAGUACUACCUUUAUCCUAAUCCACAGCGCCUCGCUGACCCCCAGGUCUGGAUGGAUGCUGGAACACAAAUAUUUUAUUCCUAUGCUUUAUGCUUGGGAUACCUGACAACAUUUGGGAGCUACAACAAGUACAACAACAACUGCUACAGAGACUCCUUCUAUCUGUGUUUGUUGAACAGUGGAACCAGCUUCUUAUCUGGAUUUGCCAUUUUCUCAAUUCUUGGCUACAUGUCACAAAAGCAGGGUAUCGACAUCUCUGCUGUCGCUGAAUCAGGCCCUGGCCUUGUGUUCAUAGUCUAUCCACAAGCUGUGACCCUGCUGCCAUGGCCUCAGGUCUGGUCUGUGUGCUUCUUUGCAAUGAUAAUCCUGUUGGGAAUUGAUGGGCAGUUUGCCGGCCUUGAAAGCAUCAUGACCUCUUUAUCCGAUGUCUUCCCUUCCCAGAUCCGAAAGGGCUAUCACAGAGAACUGUUUCUGUUGCUCCUCUGUGCUGUUAGCUAUGGGUUAGGCCUGUUUUUGGUGACACAGGCAGGAGCAUACAUUCUGCAGAUCUUUGAUCAUUAUGUAUGCAGUGGACCUACACUUCUUUUGAUGGCAAUUUUCCAGUCAGUGAUUAUUGGAUGGAUUUAUGGAGCUGAUCGCUUCUUUGAAAACAUUGAGGACAUGAUUGGCUACAGACCUCUGUUCCUGUUCAAGUACUGCUGGCGUUACAUCACCCCUCUCGUCUGUACUAGCACCCUGGUGUUUUUGUUGCUGAAAUACACCCCUCUGAAGUUCAACAACACGUAUGUGUAUCCUUGGUGGGCUUACUGUGUUGGCUGGUUUCUGGCAAUGUCCUCGCUUUCCAUGAUCCCACUCAACAUGGUCUGUAAAGUGGCCAGAGGGAAGGGGACUCUGUGGCAGCGUCUAAAGAUGAACUCGCAGGCUGCAGAUGACCUGCCUGUAUCCAGUAAAGAGUUGGCAAACCUCCCUGCUUUACGCAUUGAGGAAACUGAUCAUCUAUAGAGAUCAAGAUCAUUUUUUAAAUGAUAUCUAAACUUAACUUUGAAAGUAGUAAUCCACAUUUUUUUUAAAUAUUGGGAUUUAUUUUUUCUUUGUUUGCAAAGACAGUCAUUUGCUUACAUUUUUUUCUUUUUUGUCGUAAAAGAAUCCCCUCUAUACCCCUGGAGUCGGGGUAUAGAGUGGAGGAAAACCAUUUGAUCUUUUCAUUUUUAUUAUACUGUAUUUAUCCCACGAAGGGAAAUUCGUCACCGCAUUUGACCCAUACCCUGGGGGAGCGGU